GAGAGGAGCAGAGGGGUAUUAUUAGCCAAAACCCCAUGGCCAAAACCCAAGCGCGGCACUUGAGACAUCCAGAUGUUGCGUUUGAGGCACACAGUGAAGUCGGGAGCAGGCUACAACUGUUUCCACGCUGAAACAACUUUCAUACAUUGCUUUUCCUGCUCAUUAGCAAAGAUGGAAGCUGGCUGGCUCGAGUAAAAGCAGAGAAGUGAGGCUUUUUAACACAUUUUCACGCCACUUUCAUCUGUUUGGAGUCUGGACAAAGAGGAUAUUGAGGAGGACGUGAAAACUACAACAAAGCCUCAACUUAACUGCGCAGUUUGGACGUUUAAACCUGAUUGAAAUGUUUGCGUUUCUACACCGGGUUGGAGUUAAAUAGUCCAUUAGGCUGACACUGUCGCUGAAAUAACGUGUACUAUUUCCUAUUUGUAGGCCUAAGUGUGUUUAGGACGAGUGGGCAUCAUGGCUUUCCUUCACUUGCUCCUGUGUGUCGGGAUGUUUUCGAUGUGUAGAGCCUUUUUCACCGGACCGCUGCAGCCGGAGAUGUCUAACGGGACUUUUCAUCACUAUUUCGUGCCGGACGGAGACUACGAGGACAACGACGACCCGGAGAAAUGUCAAAUGCUUUUCAAGAUGACCGACGAGCGAAAGUGCAGUCUCGAUGAGGACCAGGACUCUGUCAUACGGGAUGAUUUCACCAUCAUCAAGAGGCAGAUUGAGGACUCGGCCCGGGUGCUGGAGGGGAUCGGGAAAAGCAUCUCGUACGACCUGGACGGAGAGGACAGCUACGGGAAGUACUUGCGGAGGGAGACGACUCAGAUAACCGAGGCUUUCACAAACUCGGAGAAAUCUCUGCUGGAGCUCGAGGUGAAAUUCAAGCAGAGCCAAGAGAGUGGGGUAAAGGAGGAGCACAGGCUCAACGACGACUUUCUGAACAUGGUAGUGCACACACGGGACGUCCUGAAGGGCACGCUGGACAUUUCUCAGGGACUAAAGGACAAGCACGAGCUCCUGUCUCUGAUCAUCCGCAGCCACGGCACGAGGUUGAGCAGACUGAAGAACGAAUACAUGAAGUUCUGAGGGAAAGUAGUUCCCACAGGUCUCAUUACAGUAAUUAUAUGAUGCAGUUUGAGACCAUGAGACUGGGUGAAAAAAUUAGCAAUCAUAUCAGGGAUAAAACAAAGCUUAAAGGGCCAGUUCACGUAAUUUACGAAAAUAAUACUUAUUUUCUCAUCUAAUUCUAGAGCAGUGGUUCCCUGGUUGGCUUUCCUUUAAUGUGUUCAAAGAUGGGUCUACAUGUCAAAGGUCACAAUAUGAUAAUUAGGAAAUAAGAAAAACAAAUUAUGUUAUAUUUAAAAUAUUCAUCCUUUUUUGCUGAAAAAUAUCCAAAUCAAACUAUCUGAUCACGUUUGACGAUCAAUUAGGAGGCGAGUUGUUCACUGUUCAUAACUCUUACCUGUGAUGAGAUGUUGCAGACACACUGCUUCUCUUUAAAGGUUCUGAAACAAAAACAAGUUGGGAUCCACAGCUCUGAAGGUAGGUUAUAUAACCAUGCAGAUGAUAGUCCAGGUGAUAUUUGUCUAAACUGGAUUGCCCAAUGAAGCCAACAGCGCUAAAAUCCCUAACCCGGAAAGGCCUCAUUUACAAAUUUGUUGUAUUAUGAUUAUGUUCCAAAUGUAUGAUACUAAAGAACAAUAUAUCAACCAUGGUCAAAUACAAUAUGACCCAAACUCAUGGACCUGUUUUGUUAGGUUACCAUGUGUCUAAAUCUGUUUAGUAGCCGAUACGUUAUUCUUUUUGAGUUUAUAUUGUGCUCAUGUGGUGCAUAUUCCUAAAUGAAGUUGUGCUUCAAAAAAUAAAUAUGUCACAUUGUGGGAGAAACAGUUUUCCAAUCCAUUCAUUGCAACAAUCUGGGAUGAGUUUACGUAUACAUAUAUAUAUAUAUGUAUAUAAAAAGGCAUUUCAAACCAAAAACAUCUCCAACUGCUAGUCUUAAGUGAGAAAAUGCGUUGUUUGAACAUAACAUCUCUACAGGGCUGCAUCUCAUGUGAACAAUCUUACCUUUAUAUAAAAGGAAUAAGGAGUUGGCUAUAUUGAUAAGUUAUUUUAUAACAGUACAAUGCAUUUUAUAUAACAAUAUUGCGAUAGAUGUUCUAGAAAAAACAAUUUCAAAAAUAUACAUAGAUUUAAUGAACAGAAUAUUGACUGGUUUUGGCUUACUAUACAAACGUAGUUCCUUACCAAUCGAAGUUCAUCAUUGUGAUGCAAUAGGUCAGUGAUUUUCAUUCCACCACAAAGUAAUAAAGAGCUACCAAGGUAUACAAAUUAUAUUUUUGAUAUAAUAAAUAUCAUCUGUCCGUGUAAAUCGUCAUAGUGCUGACUCCCAUAGACUAUUGCAAUGGUCAUUACAUACCAUUAUAACACAAACAAGUAGUUAAACAGUAAUGAUGUUCAAUAAUUAUAUAUGGCCUUAGGGUUAGUCAAACAUUAUCUGUCCGCCUCUUUUCUUGGUAGUAUGUUUAAGUAGAUGCAUUUAUCUUUAAACUGUCACAGGUUUGUGCAUUUGUUUGUAAGCUUGGGUGUAAGGGUAAAACAACAGCUUCAAACACUAAUCAGCCAAUCAAAAAAAGUGAAAAUGGGAACCAUCAACUUUCCAAACACUAGUACUGUAGGUAGAGUAUUCCAAGACUUAUUCAGUCCUCUGUGACCAAAGAAAACGUGUGUGAAUGUGGAUUUUGGGGAGAUUCCUUUGAGGAUUAAGUCAAAUGUUGGACAUGUUGUUCAACUCAUUUGUAAGUAUCCACAUUUACAAAACAUUCACUAAAGAUAUAUUGGUUUUGGAUAACUCAUGGACAUAGCUGUAAAGCGAGGGGGGUGGAGGGCAUGAUGUAGUAAUCUGUUUGAAUGCUCCUAACUUGAGCAGUCAUUGUUGUUGCUCUUCUUUGACACUCCAGAUUAUGAAUAUUGAAUUAUGUUUACAUAUGGAAAACUACGUUUUGCUUUUUGGGCUUGCAAACUUUGCACAAUUCUUUAACUGUUCCGGUGCUUAAGGUUGUGUCAUGGUUUAAAAUGCAUUUACUGUGCUGUUCUGCGAAGGCUGUAUAAUCCUGGAAAAUGUACAGUGUGAUAUUAAGUACAGUAAGUAAAUACUGUGAGUGCUAUCUUUUUGUUACAAAACACCUUAUUGUGUAUUCCUUUUUUAUACAAAGUUUCAAAUUGAGCUGCAUAUAUCUAUAUAUUUUAAGGUAGUGAGAGCUAAUACAUGACGGAUAAGACUGCAGGCAGCACUUGUGGAAUUCAAUGUUAACAACAAUCAUUGUGACAUUAUUUUGAAUGGAUUGUGUUGUGUCUUCAUAAAUAAAGAGUUGGUGUUGAAA